UGAUUGUUAGCGGAGAGCGUUGCACACGAUCGUUGUACCGCGUGCAUCGCGACUGACAUAGACUCGCAAGAUCUUCUCUUAGCCGAUUAGGAUUAUGAAUUGACGCGCGGUACGAUAUCGGAGAGCCUCUCGUCGUCCAAGCGGCCCCGUCUCAACCUCUGUCUCAAAUAUAAGAAUAUCGCGAGUGCAUUAAAUAGGAAUGGAGUUUGGAGCGGGCGAUGUCGCCCAAAUAUCGGCGGAACUGGCCCGAGUGGUCGAGGUAAUAAUGUCACCCGAUAUAUCUCAGCAGCAACGAUUGGAAGUAUACAAUGCUUGCGAAAGAUUCAAGGAAUCCUCACCAUUGUGCGCACAAUGUGGCUUAUAUCUGGCACAGAGAUCUCCAGACAGAAGCUCGGUGGUACGUCAUUUUGGUCUACAGCUAAUGGAACAUUGCGUGAAGUAUAGAUGGACUCAGAUCUCGCAGUCAGAGAAGAUCUUCAUCAAGGAAAAUGCAAUGAAAUUACUUCAAGAAGGCACUGAACCAUUGCUACAGGAAGAGGCACACAUAAAGGAUGCACUAUCGCGGGUAGUAGUUGAAAUGAUAAAGCGAGAAUGGCCUCAACAGUGGCCCACUUUGUUAGCCGAACUCAGUCAGGCCUGUACACAAGGUGUGAGUCAAACUGAGCUGGUCUUGUUGGUAUUUCUUAGACUGGUGGAAGAUGUGGCACUUCUACAGACACUUGAAUCCAAUCAGAGGAGAAAAGACAUAUACCAAGCAUUGACUACAAAUAUGGCAGAAAUCUUUAGUUUCUUCUUAAGAUUAAUGGAACAACACUUUUCGGAAUUUCAAAAGAAAAGUGCCUUAGGACAGACAUCCGAAGCUGCAGCACAAAGUAAAGUCGUUCAAAUAGUACUAUCUACACUAACCGGAUUUGUCGAGUGGGUUUCUAUAAACCACAUAAUGGCUGAGGACGGAAGAUUAUUGCAAAUAUUGUGCCUCCUGCUAGGCGAUCCCAUAUUUCAAUGUUCUGCCGCCGAAUGCCUGCUCCAGAUUGUAAAUCGCAAGGGCAAAGCCGAAGAUCGAAAGCAAUUGAUGAUCCUGUUUUCGGAAGAAGCUUUGAGAUUUAUUUAUACGGCAGCUACUACAUUACCAUCUCUCGCCGGACCUACGAAUUUCCAUGAGAAUCAUUAUCUAUUCCUGAAGAAGCUCAUACAAGUAAUGACGGGCAUGGCAACACAACUUUGCACUUUAUGGGGAAAAGAUGAUGCCUCCAGCAUACGGCCAACACACUUCAACCUUUUUUUGGACACUACGCUCACAUUUACAAUGUAUUCAAGUCUUACGCUUACGCAUUUAGCGAAUGCAAUCUGGGUGAUGUUGUUUAAGCAUGAACACAUCAAGAAUGAUUCGUUAUUGCUGACAUAUGUGCCUAAAUAUGUAGAACACACGGCGCCCAAGCUAAUUCGUGUCGCAUAUCCAUAUGGUAGACAAAGCAACGGCAUGACCACAUACUGUCUCGUUGAUUACGACUCGGAGGAGGAAUUCAAUGUCUUUUUGCAUCGAUUCAGGAUGGACCUGUUAGAGGGAUUUAGACAUGCGACCAUGGUAGCGCCCUUAGUAACGUUCACAUAUGUGCAACAGUGGCUAACUGCAAAAAUUACCAAGGGUAUGACAGAUCUGCAAUACAAGAGUGAUCAAAAUGAUCGAGAGUACCUCGAGUGGGAGGCUCUUGCACAAGCAUUGGAUUCUGUUGUAUCCAGAAUUUUAUUGAUCAAUGAGCGACCGAGUGUGCAGACCGGUUUGCAGCUGUUAGAACUUUGUCUAGGUUACUCGCCACAAGAUUCUUGGUUACUAUCCGCUCUAUUAUCCUGCAUAAGUGCACUUUUCGUGUUCCUGUCGAUGUCAACUGGUUCGAUGGCCAUGCCGGGCGUCGCUAUCUUGCCACGCGUUCUUGAGAAAAUCUUCGCCGCGUUAGUGUUCGAAGCGCCAGGCGAGAACGAACGCAAUCACUCGCGUGCAACCAAAAACGUGCGACGGCAUGCAGCUAGUCUCAUGGUAAAGAUCAGUCUCAAGUAUCCGUUACUACUUUUGCCAGUAUUCGAGCAGAUACGCACAAUGGUACGCAAUUUGACGCGAGAACCGAGUCCGUUAUCCCGAAUGGAAAGUGUCAUGUUGUACGAGGCGUUACUCCUCAUUUCCAAUCAUUUUUGCGACUACGAAAGGCAGAAUCGAUUCGUCGCGGAGGUGAUCGGUAACGCGUCCAACAAAUUCGUCACGUUGGGUACGGAAUGGUUUAAGGGACCGGCAGAAUUUAUGCAAUUCGUGGGACUGGAUAGACCACCAGUGGAAAAUAUGCUAGAGGAUUCGGCUAGAUACAAUCGCAGUGAUCUCAUGAUGUGCAUUUGUACCGUUUUGAGUGUUGUCAAGCGAUGCUCCAUUCCAGAAGAUCCUGAUCGCGCGGCGAGAGGUGGUUUUGUUGCUGCGCUCAGCGAGAGUGGUAAUCCGGUAUACCGAAAUCCCGCAGCACCCCACGUAAUUCCUAUCUUGCCGACGCUAUUCGCAUUGCUGCGAACGAUGAAUGCUCUCUUCACUCCAGCCGCUCUUUCACUUCUUUCGGAGGGUUACAAAAAUGCUUAUGGACUUUUGGAGUCAGAAAAAGCGAAUUUGUUGGGUGUAAAUGUGACCAACGAUAAUACUAGUGAGACAGAUCAGACUUCAAGCACUUCCCUGGUCCGAAUGCAAUCAUUUCUCAGUACAAUUCAUGAUCAGUGCUAUCAUAUGCUAGGCAGCGGCUGUCAUAUGAUCGGCCGAGAUUUCUAUCAAUUGCCCGGAUUUGCUCCAGCGUUGCUCAAUUCAGUUUUCUCGAACAUGGAGCUGAUUCCAGACUACAGACUGCGGCCGAUUAUACGUGUGUUUAUGAAGCCAUUCAUAUAUUCAUGUCCACCAGCUUUUUAUGAAAGCGUACUGGUACCUGUAUUGGCUCAUGUAUCUACACAUAUGUGUCAAAGAUUAAGCGCAAAGUGGCAGUACAUUGCGCAUCUUUACGAAUCCGGUGGUUUAGACGAGAACACCGACACACAAGAAGUCAUCGAUGACAUGCUCAAUAGAAAUCUAACUAGAGAUUUCGUGGAUGUAUUAAAGGUGGCUCUAAUCGGUGGAGCUGCUAGCGAUGCUGCGCCUCCAGACAGCAUGGAUCAGGACAGUGGAAUGGCAGUGGAUCCACCUCUUUCGCGGGGGAACAGCAUUGUCGCCGAAGUCGUUAGCGAGUUGGGAGCUUUCAUUCUGCGUCAUCCGUCCACCUGUCAUAGCGUCGUCCUAUGUGUAUUAGGGGCGCUUGCGUGGAAUGAUUCAAACGCGAGUCUCAAAGCGACGAUGUUGACUGGACCCGUAGUACGAACAUUGGCAGCCGAUGGUAGUCUCACUCCUAGCAUGGCAGCGCACAUCAUGGUCGCCGUUCUUCAAGGUUUACAAUUGCAUGGUCAGCACGAAGCUAAUCAAGGUUCCCUCAUUACUCUUGGCGCACAAGUCUACGAAUGCCUCAGACCUAAGUUUCCAAAUAUCAUCGAAGUAAUGCAGCAGAUUCCAGGAGUCAAUCCUGCCGACUUGCAACGAUUCGAUGAAAAAAUGGCAGUGAUCAGUACAAAAGGCAACAAGGUUGAAAAGGGAAAGAAGGAUCUCUUCAAAAAAAUUACAAAUCAGCUUAUUGGCAGAAGCGUAGGUCAAUUGUUUCGCAAGGAAGUUAAAAUAGACAAUUUACCGCGAAUAGAAGUAUUCGGUAAAUCUCAACAAGUGCGCGUGGACGAUAUAUCGAAGAAUGCCACUGAUAUAGGAAUAACAGCAUUGUUCGCUGGGCCUACGUAGCAAACAAUUUUAGCGAAUCAUAUUUUACAUAGCUGGUUUAACUCAAUAAAUAAUUAUAAAUUAUUGUAAAAAGAUUCUUUCAGAGAUGACUAUACAGCGCAAAAGAAAAAGAUAUUUAAGCUUUAAAAUCUGCUGAAAUAAUGUAUUUUUUUCUGGCAAAGAAUACGAGUUAUUGACAAUCUACAGAUGUGGCGAAUUAUAUUUAAAGCGAUUAAAUAUAGCCUCGGAUUAAUAUAUGCAUUUGUGCAUAUUUAAAAAUUGCAAAUUUCAGAAAUUGUUUUUUACUUGUAUUUGUUUCACAAUGUUUUGAAAAAUGUCGGUUAUGAUGAAAAUAAAAAAAUUAUACAUGAAUUAUAUAUGAAUGGCAUAAAUUUUAGUAAAUAUUAUUGCAAUCAUUUAAAAAAAAAUCGACAUCAUAUUUCAAGAAUUUCAGGACACUUCAUGCUCCCAAUCACUAUCUGAAAUAAAGUCUCGGAUAUCAAAUAUGAAUUAUAAACACAUUUGAUGCAUCAUACUCAGAUAAAUAUUUAUGAGUGAUUGUUGGAUAGAUUUCUCUUUCUGCUCAUUCUGAAAUCGAUCAUCAAUUUCAAACUAUUAAAUAUUCGGCGAUAUAAGUGUAGAUAAUUUUUUAUGUUUUGUGAUUACUUUUAUUUAUUCUAAUUAAUUUCAAACAAACGUGUGCUAGCAAGAAUACGGCCGAUCUCAUUCGUGUUCAUCAUAUUCGAAAUUGCGAACGUUUUCAUUCAACAUUCAAUCUUCUAUGGAUAUAAAUUUAUCGAUAUGCGUUAUCAUUAAUUUAACGUACAUUUCAAUCACAUCAUUGUUAAAAAACAAUUUCCGAGAUAUUUAUAUACAUCACACAAUGCCUUUCGUGGCAUAUGUACAGGAGUUGGAAUGGACUGUGGGGCGAUUGUACAAUAAGACAGCAAAUUAUUGUGAUAAGGAACGUAGUGAGCAAAAAGUUAACAAUGUAUGCGAAGCGAGCAAUUUAAAAAUCGUAAAGUUAAGUUGCUUUUUAAAAUCGAAAGAAAAAGAGAAAUGACACGUUCCAAGCUGUGACUGACUUGUGGAAAACUAAAUAUUGUAGUAUAUAAUUCAUUCUCUUUUUCUUUUCUUUGCUACUUUUUAAACUAUAUCUCCGAAGUCCAUAAUAUCUAUAGCACAUUAGAUUUGUUCUUUUUAGCUUUAUGAGAGUUUUUUCUUUUUUAUUUUUCUUAAAAUACAAAUUUGCAGAAAGUACAGCUAAGAUGAGCAAAUCUAUUGCAUUAAACUAUGUUAUAAGGAUUUCGAAGUAUAGUUUAUUACAUCGGUGUCAUAUUUAUAUAUAUAUAAGUAUACAUAUACAUAUUGUACAAUAAAAUCUUGUAGUAAUUUUAUAUAGCGGAAUAGAAGAGAAUGAACUAUAAUCACUCAUCCACAUAUUUAUACAUAUAUAUUUGUUUCAACUGUUCAUAUUAUAUGAUUCGUUGAUUUUCUGAAAAGUAUGGAUCGAUGCUGGAAAUGUAUACCUGUACGUGCAACAAAAAGUCGAUCAACGUCUUCCUUACAACCGAGUUUUCUCGCGAAAUAAUUAAAACUGCGGUACAAUUCACAAGAAUCAAAUUUAUAUGGUACUACAUUUAUAUAUGAAUCGAAACGGCAGUUUUGAUCAAGAAGAUUUGCACGCGAGAAUAUGCGAAGAAACAUUUGUAUAUUACGAUUACAAUCUUAAUGUAAAAAUAGAAAAAAGCUUCAAAAAUAAAACCAAACGUAAAAAAAAUUGCUUGAGUAAAUUAAGAUUGACUAUUGCUGAAGAAUAUUUUUAACAAUUCGUCAUCAGAUCGAAAAACAUCACCUACUAUAAAAUUUUUUCCAAAACUUAUGAAAAAAAUUAAAGUAAAAAAAAACAGUUAAAAAAGAUGAAUUAUAAAACAAAUUUUAAUAUGAUUUUUAUAAAUCAUAAAUAGUCUAGUGGUAAGAGCCCGGUAAACGAAAGACUCGGAUUUAAUUCCAAAUUCAGCGACUUCUCUCCGAUUUUUCUAGUCUAUUCCUUAUACUCCUUUUUUAUAGCUUGCUCCUCAAGCCUUAUCUUUACGUUUGGUCUUAAUAUAAAAAUGCAGUUCGCAAACGAGAUUAAUGCAUCAAAAAAAUAAGCAACUGAAAUGUGAAACUUAAUUACAAACUGUUGCAAAAAUCGUUUCAACAAGAAUUCAAAUGGUAUAUUAAAAUCUUAAGUAUGUUUUGUUAAGGUGGUGUAAGAAGAGGUUCUCACACCCACACACACACACAUGAAUUGCUACCAAUUCUAUUACAGUAUUACAUUACAAUAUCACAUAUCAAAAAUGUUUUAUGUCGAAAACCCUUUUAUUAUCUCAUCUCUUGUUUGUCUUCUGAUUUGACUAGAACAUUAUUUUGCGCGUAAAAUGGAAUUUUUUUAACAUCAUAUUUGAUUUCUGUCUCGCAUGCAUUAUAUAUUUUACCUCUAUCAGAAAUAGCGACGCGUUUUAAUUUGUAAUUUAAACUCAUAAUAUACUAUUGCUUUUGCAUUAUGCACUAUUUUCUCAAGCAUUCCACUGCGCUUUUAGUAAUCACAUGUACGGUUUAUAGAUUGUAUGAGAGUAAAAAUAGCUCUGUCAGAGUUAAUUUACAAAUAACAAAAAAGAGUUCAUCGUUCGUAAUGUGUAAGAUGAUCUCUUAUAAAAGCAUUUAUCUUUAUUAUCAAUGGAACAUUAUUGACAAAGAGAGAACAAGUGUUUCCUUUUCGUUGCAUUCUUCCAUGAGACGAAUCAUUACUUAUUUGUAUAACGGGAACAACUAAACACAUGUGCACAUCGAAAGUGUAUCGCACAUAGCCACUAUUUCUCAUAACGUGUCAUAUAUACAAAGUGUUUUAUAUUUAUUUAUUUUUUUUUUUUAGAAUAAUGCAUGCCAUCACUUUAAUAAUGUACAUGAACAUCGACAAAGUGUACGCAAUGGCAAACAAAAAUAAUUACAAUAAUUAUCCGAGAACCAUUCUUCCGAAGUAUUACAAAAAUCUUCUUAUCUUACAAACAACCAUUUUCGAUUACUUUAUUGACUUGCUAAAUUAUAGAUCAAUGAAUUUGUAACAGCACUAUUUUUUACAAUGAUAAUCCUUUAUUAUCGAUAAUAUGAUCCAUUGGACUAAAUCACAUUUAUGCAUUUAACUGAUCGUUACAUAACAAAAUUAUCAAGAUUAUUAUCCAAAUGGUUUUAUAACGUUUGUUAAUAUAUGUAUGUGUGCAUAUAAAGUGUUCCAUAUAGAUAAGAUACAAUCUGCUACUAUCUUAUCUAAAAAAUAAGUACCUUUUUCAUUUGGCAAGAUUUUCGGAAAGGUUUUCAAUAUCUCAAUCUAGAGUGCAAUACAUUUGUUAUAUCUUAAUUCUUCUUUCGUAAAAAUUUUAGAAUGUAAUUUUAUUAUAAUUAAGUUUAAUUGUAAUAUUAUUAACGUCUAUUUUGUUUACAUCAGAACCAAAAAGCAUUUUACUAUAAGAGAGAGUUAUUCUCUCUUAUAUAUACGAAAGAAUUUCUCACACACACACACACACACACACACACACAUAUAUAACUAAAAUAAAAUUUUUUCAUAUUUUUAAUUAUAUAAUUUAAAUACAUUAAACUUAAUUAUAAUAAAAUUGCCAAAAUCUUUACACUUUACAUUCACAUGAAGAAUCAAAAAUAGCAAAUGCACCGUAUUGAUAUAUUAAAAAAUAAGAUUUUGACAAAGUAGUUCCGAUUUGUACUCUAUCUAUA